AUGGCCCUAUCGCUGGUAUCCAAUACAUUUCUUGAGGAAUCGUCCUCCAAGAUAAGGUCAAAGCCAGUACCAUGGGAGGGUUAUCAACGCGCAGGUCUCAUCACCUCCGAGGAACUCACCCUCAUAAAGCGGGUUGAUAGACAACCUAAAGCAAAGAUAGAGUCCGUGCUGCUGUCCGAAGGCAGCACCUACACGUUGCUCUACCUCAAUCUAUUGAAGAAGCUUCAGAGAGUCGAUACUAUGCAAUGUCUACUUGUUCUUGUUGCAGACGCCCUAGCAGACCACGAAGAACGAAUUCAGUUGUUUAUUCGGGCUUCAGAGUCGGACCCUGAUCUUCCUUUCGUACCUUUACUUCGAAUCCUCGAUACUCAAGACGAAUUCGUUCAACUGAAGGCUGCCCAGAUCCUCACAAUACUAUUAAGUGCGCAGGCUACGCCUCUGCAAUCCCACCAGAUAUCAUCAUUCUUAACCACUUUGUCGAGUUCCGUUCAAGGACAAUCAUCUAAUAAGCGGGAUGUUGCAGUUCAGUGCUUAGAAUCCCUCCUUUCUCGACCAGAAUUUCGGCAAGCGGUCUGGGAGAUCCCCGGAGUGAUAUCUGGUUUUGUUGACAUCCUGAAGCAGAAUCCCGGCCCGCAAAUGAGUUAUCAAGUUGCCUUCUGUUUGUGGCUGCUAUCGUUCGAGCAGAAUAUUUCUGAACAAAUCAACAAACAAUAUGAUGUAAUACCGAAACUCAUAGACGUCGCGCAGGGCGCAGUGAAGGAGAAGGUCAUCCGCGUCAUCGUCGCUACUUUUCGGAAUUUGGUAGUCAAAGCUCCAGCUGCAAAUCUGCCCGCGAUGCUUGUUUGUCAACUCCUACCAUUCAUCAAAAAUCUUGCCACUCGCAAGUGGUCAGAUGAGGAUAUACUUGAGGACGUUCGAUUCCUCAAAGAUGAGCUCAACACCAGAUUCCAGAGCUUGACGACAUACGAUGAAUAUACUUCCGAGCUCUCUUCGGGGCAUUUAUCAUGGACCCCCGUACACGAAUCGGAAGAUUUUUGGAAGGAAAAUGCAGCGAGGCUGAAUGAUAAAAAUUUUGAACAAUUGAAAAUUUUAGUCAACUUAUUAAAGGAAUCAAGCGACGUAACCGUCCUUGCUGUCGCUGCUCAUGAUAUUGGUCAGUACGUCAAGCACUACGAGAGGGGCAAGAUACCGAUAACAGACCUGGGUGGAAAGGCCCGAGUCAUGGAGUUGAUGAGUCAUCCUAACUCUGACGUUCGAUAUCGUGCACUGUUGUCUGUGCAGCAACUUGUGAGUCAGCCUUGGGUAACCGCUUAA